AUGUCCUCCAGCCUGUUGGUCCACCUGCUAUCGUGGCAAGCCGUGGAAGACGUGCAGGACGCCAUCAGCUUCUGCCUGGGCAUCAAGACCAAAGUCUUGCGCGGAGAGCGGCUCAAGGACUUGAUCUAUCGCCGAGAGGAGGAGACGGUGGAGUCCAAUACCCGCUCGGCAGAGGUCAUUUUGGCCUUCAGAUCGACCCAUGGUAUGCUUCACUUCGGCCGGCUGAUCCGGCGGGGCGAGGCCUUCUAUCGCUAUGGCACGUCCACAGAGAAGAUGGUCAACUUAGGCUACGAGGAGUACAUCCAGCUCCUGGCGAAGGAGAACAUCUUCGUCCGGGCUCGGAGCUUCCUGGUCUUCCAGGGCGACGUCAUGCAACUCGCCAGGAGACAGGGCUUGGAGCUCACAGCUUCGCUGGAGACCAUUAGCGGUUCCGAGCAGCUCAAAGAGAAGUAUCUGCAGCUCUCCAAGGAGCUGGAGCUGUCCCAAGAGAAGGCGAGGCUCCACUUUCAGCACCGCCGCGAGGCGGAGACCACCCUGUCGCUUCUCGAGCAGCAGAGGGCAGAGGUCCAGCGGUACCAAGAGAUCCGCGCCCAAAGAGAGGCGCUGAUCGUCGAGGCGGCCCUGUUCCGGCUCUUCUGCGCAGAUCGAGAGGCUGCUGCUAACCUCGAGGCGGCGGACGACCUCCGCGAGGAGGUGGUCACAACCGAGGCAGAGUUCCGGAAGAGGCGGCGCUUGGUGGAGGAGGUGGAGGCUCAAAAGCAACAGGCGGAGACGGAGCUCCGGGAGGUUCAGAACGAGCACUUCUCCCUGAGCUCCAACCUGGAGCAGCGAAAGCCGGAGAUCGCCAACUGCCGGAAGCAGGCGGCUCAUUGGACCAUCAAGGAGCGUGAGGCGCAGGCCAAGAUCCAGCAGGAGCAGGAGAAGAUGAAGACACUGGAGGCGGACUGGCACGAAGCCUCCGAGCGCCGGAAGAAGGCGGAGGAGGAGCUGGCCGAGGUGAAGGGCCGGCAGGUGGAGUCGGCGGUGAAGCUGACGGCCGCGCAGCGCCGGGAGUACGAGCAGGCGGUCCAGAAGACCGAGCAGCUGAACACCAAAGCCCGCGACAAGCUUCGGGAGGCCAUUGGACCAGUCUUUUUUUGCGGCAGUCGACUGGUUUGA